UUCAGCGUAAACCAGUCGUAAAAAGCAAGUCAACGUUUUCAUUAUGCGGUGUGGUUAUGGUCACGCUAGAUAUAGGGUCAUUAUCUUUAUGUCAUUGCUAUGCUUUUCUAAUGGCGGAGCCUUAUCAUCCAUUCAAUUCGAAGCCUUUCGCUAUGAAGUACUACCCGGUUAUUACAAAAAACUGGAUGUUAACUUGAACCACUAUGGCAAAAGUAUUUUUUUUGGCGGAUGCUUUGAGUUCUUGCAAGAGAUUAAAACUUUCGAUGCCACUUUUAAGGCCAUGGUACGCACCAAGGGCAAAAGAAAUUUGAAUCUGCUUAAUGCAACCUAUAAUGGUUGCACUUUGAUACAAAGUAUUAAGAAUUUAGGCAAAAAGAAUUUAAUUCGAAAAAUUAUAGGAGGUUUAAACCAUGCCAAGUUUCCCAAAACAUGUCCCAUGAAGGCGCACACUGAAUAUUGCUUUGCGAAUUUUUCUUUGGAUGGUUUGGAUUUUCCACUUUAUCUGCCCAAUGUUACUGCAGAUUUUAACUACUCCCUUACACAGAAGAAAGACACUUUUUACAAGGGAUUCUUUAAGGUAAAGGUACAAAGUGAAACAUGAAAUUCUUUUGGGAACUUAAUUUCGUUAACAAAUGUCUUUGGAAAAUUAAAGAUAAACAAUAAAACGUCUUUAAGCGAUAA